AUCCCGGGAGCGUUCGGGCCGCCGUGCGCGAGCGAGGGGGAGUGCGCGCGGGGGGGAGCGCGCUCUUGAGUGUGGGGCGCGCGCUCGGUGGCGCGCAUGGUCGUGUUUGCGGACUGCCGGGCUGACCCGAGCCGGCGGGGAGCCGGUCUGCUCCUAGUGGCUGGCCGCCGGAGCGAGAGAGCGGACAUGGACUUCGACUCGUUCCAGCACUAUUUCUACGACUAUGACUGCGGGGAGGAUUUCUACCGCUCCACGGCGCCCAGCGAGGACAUCUGGAAGAAAUUCGAGCUGGUGCCGUCGCCCCCCACGUCGCCGCCCUGGGGCUUGGGUCCCGGCGCCGGGGACCCGACCCCUGGGAUUGGUCUCCUGGAUCCGUGGCCCGGAGGGGGAGCUGGGGAUGAGGCGGAAUACCGGGGCCAGUCAAAAGGUUGGGGCAGGAACUACGCCUCCAUCAUCCGCCGUGACUGCAUGUGGAGCGGCUUCUCGGCCCGGGAACGCCUAGAGAGAGCCGUGAGCGACCGGCUAGCCAUCGGCGCGCCCCGCGGGAACACGCCUAAGGCGCCCACCGCCCCGGACUGCGCUCCCAGCCUCGAAGCCGGCAACCCGGCGCCCGCCGCCCAGUGUCCACUGGGCGAGCCCAAGACCCAGGCCUGCUCGGGGUCCGAGAGCCCUAGCGACUCCGAGGGGGAAGAAAUCGAUGUUGUGACAGUGGAAAAGAGACAGUCCCUGGGUGUACGGCAGCCGGUCACCAUCACGGUGCGCGCAGACCCUUUGGAUCCCUGCAUGAAACACUUCCACAUCUCCAUCCAUCAGCAGCAACACAACUAUGCUGCCCGUUUUCCUCCAGAAAGCUGCUCCCAGGAAGGGGCUCCAGAGAGGGAACCUCAAGAAGGAACUCUGGAGAGACGUGCUCCAGAGGAAAAGGAAGAUGAGGAAGAAGAGAUUGUGAGCCCUCCACCCGUGGAAAGCGAGGCUCCCCAGUCCUGCCACCCCCGACCUGUCAGUUUUGAUACCGAGGAUGUGACCAAGAGGAAGAACCACAACUUCCUGGAGCGCAAAAGGCGAAAUGACCUCCGGUCUCGGUUCUUGGCCCUGAGGGACCAGGUACCCACCCUCGCCAGCUGCUCCAAGGCCCCCAAAGUAGUGAUCCUAAGCAAGGCCUUGGAAUACUUGCAAACUCUGGUGGGUGCAGAGAAGAGGAUGGCCACGGAGAAGAGGCAGCUCCGAUGCCAGCAACAGCAACUGCAGAAAAGAAUCGCGUACCUCAGUGGCUACUAACUGACCAAAAAGCCUGACUUCUCUGUCUUACAAAAACACAGAUUUAUUUUGUAUCCUUCCCCCUCCCCCUUAGUAAUUUGCACAUUUUGUUUACGGCGGGACAGUCUGGACAAUAGAUCUCAGAAUGCAUUGUAGCCAGUGCACACAAUAAGGGCUUGCAUUCUUGGAAACCUUGAAACCCGGCUCUCUCUCUUCCCUGACUGGUUGGAAUGCUGUGUCUUCUCUGGCCCUUUGGCUUCUCAGGCAGGCAGCUGACUGUGGAGCCUUGGGGUCUGCCUAGCUCACUAGCUCAGAAGAAAAGCCUGACAGAUGCUAUGCAACAGGUGGUGGACGUUGUCGAGGGGCUCCAGCCUGCAUGAAAUCUCACACUCCGGAUGAGCUUUAGGCUGGGAAAAGAUGCUCCCAGUGGGGUCUCUGGGGUGAUGCUAGGACAGCUGGGCCUAGAUAUUCUUCCUGAGGCUCCUUUUUCCAGGAGACACAUGAGCUGUCUUAGAUGGAGACAAGCUUGCAGACUUGAUCAACACGGACCAUUACCUCACUGUCAGACACUUUAUAGUAGCUGAGAAGUUGGUAAACCUUUGAGAUAUAUUGGUGUAUAUAUAAACCUUUUACCUAAACUCUCAAUGCUGUGACCUUGAGAACUUUUAAAGAGCUUGCCUUCUAGAUUCUUUGUCUCAGAGCUCUCUGGGCCCUUUCCUCUGAGGGAAGGACCAUUCAUUCUGUCCUCACAAGGGACUUUUUUUCUAUUUCAUUCUACCUUUGUUAUGCAAUGGAAUCUACUGCACUUCUUUCCCACAGGUCAGAAAUAUUUCCCCAAGACACAGAGAAAUUGGUCCUAGCCUGGGUUAUUUUCUGAGGGGCCCUUGAGGCUCAUGUUGGAAUCUUUUCUCCAGGCAGGCGUAAGGCACCUGAGAAGGGAGAACUGUACCACUUCCUCUUUCCCACCUCCCUCUCAUUUCAACUCCUGAUUGUUAAGUUUGAAGUUCUAUGGAACCAUGCAAAGCUAUCCUCAUGCAACCAACUCCAAGGAAAACAGACUGGCUCUGUGGUCACCCUUAGGCCCCCACCAGCCUGCCGUGAGUCAGAUUCUUUUCCAGAACCUGGGCCUUACCGAAGUUCUGGGGAGAGCCACUGAGACUCAUCUGGUGGAGCCAGUGCUCCAGAAGGUGGACCUGCUUCCUGGUGGGUUUUAAAGGAGCCUCCAGUAGCUCUGUUUAGCCAACCAUGAUGUAUUUUGUCCCAGCUGGACUCUGUAGCUCCAAGUGGAGUCUGGGUGCAGCCUCCAGCGUAGCAAAAGCACCCAACUCAACAGGUGUCAUACAGGCAACCUCAGGAGCCCCUAGGUCUGGUUUGAAAGAAGGACCAGCCCCUCUAGAACUCUGCCCAGUGCAACAGGUGCCUACUGGCAGUGGGAUUGAAAGUGGGGGUGGAGGUGGGGUGGGGUGUGGUUGGCAGAGCUCUAUCUGUGGCUCUGGAAAACCAGCUGCUGCUCCCAAACCUAUUGUCCAUGAUCUGUUUCUGAGAUUGCUUCCUGAUCUCAAAGAACCCCAGUGGAAGUUUGCAAAUAGUUUCUGUACAUUCUGGAGCAUGGUUUUCCGGAACCAACUGACCCUUGGAACUGUCUUUGGAGGAUAGGUGGGAUGUAGGUUACUGAUGUCUCACCUGAAAAGCUUGCGUUUUAUAAGCUGCUGUUGGGUAUUAUGCUGGGGGCAGUCUUUUUUUUUUUUUUUUUCUUUUAUAUACUGUAUUUUUGUAUGACUUUUGCAAAGUGGUGUUAAUUGUUUUUGUACAAGAAAAAAACUCUUGGGCAAUUCUCCUGUUGCAAGGGUAUGAUUUAUUUUGAAAGACAAGUUUACCUGAAAUUUUGUAUUUUCUUGUGGUUAUCGAUGGCCUGAUUUUAAAUGUUGCCUUCUGGGACACCUUCUUCUAAUAAAAGAUUUCUCAAACAUGUCAGAGUUGGGGCAGCUUAUACCAUCUGAGUUCCUUAAACCAAGGAGAACUCUUUCAGCGUAGCCACAAGUGAUCUACAGGGCUACAUUUCCUUAACUAUGUUGCUAACCUGGUCAUUCCACUCUGGGUUCCUGAAAUGCCAUUUCAGACAUGUCUAAACAAUGUAGGCUCAGUACUUGGUGAAUGUGAAAUUCUCUUGUGAAUUGCAGAGUGCUGAAUUUGUGCUUUAAAAAACCAAAACCAAACCCACUGCCAUUCAUAGUGACCCCGUAGGACAGAGUACAGCUGCCCCAUAGAGUUUCCAAGGAGCAUCUAGUGGAUUCAAACUGCCAACCUUUUGGUUAGCAGCCGAACUCUUAACCACUACGUCCCCAGCUCCACCACUUACCUGUUCUGUGGCUUUUUAGCUUUACCUUUCUGAGCCCUAUAUCCUUACCUACAAAUGGGAGUAACUGCUACUUCACAGAGUUUUUGCAGGUAUUAAAUGAAGUAAUAGACUUUAAACUGCUUUAUAAACUAUAAAGCCUUAUAUUCUUUUUUUUUUUCAUUUUUUAAAUUGUGCUUUAAGUGAAAGUUUACAGUUCAAGUUAGUUUCUCAUACAAAAAUUUAUACACACAUUGUCAUGUGACCCUAGUUGUUCUUCCUAUAAUGUGACAGCACACUCCUCCUCUCCACCCUGGAUUUCCUGUGUCCAUUCAACCAGCUCCUGUCCCUUUCUGCGUUUUCAUCUCGCCUCUGGACAGGAGCUGCCCAUUUAGUCUCAUGUAUCCAUCUGAGCUAAGAAGCACACUCUUCACAUGUACCAUUUAAUGUCUUAUACUCCAAUCUAAUCCUUGUCUGAAGAGUUGGCUUUGGAAAUGGCUUUAAUUUUGGGCUAACAAAGAGUCUGGGGGUCAUGCCUUCUGGGGUCCCUACAGUCUCAGUCAGACCAUUACGUCUGGUCUUUUUACUAGAAUUUGAGUUCUGCACCCCACUUUUCUCCUGCUCUGUCAGGGACUCUCUGUUGUAUUCCCUGUCAGGGUGGUCACUGGUGGUAACUGGGCACCAUCUAGUUUUUCUGGUCUCAGGUUGAUAGAGUCCCUGGUUUAUGUGGCCCUUUGUUUCUCCUGGGCUUGUAUUUUCCUUGUGUGUUUGGUGUUCUAAGCCUUAUAUUCUUUAGGGUGGCAUUGUCCUUAUCUUGGUGAUAUUUUAAAAGUCACCCUGAUGUAAUGUGAUUUUUCUAACAGAAAGGGAGUUUAUUUUCUUUCUCCCAGCAGUAAUGAAAGAAAAUUAAGGCUCUGUUUCCCUCCCAUGAUUCUCAUAAACUUGCCAUAAAUGUAAGAGGGGAGAAUUUAAUAGUAGUUAUUCCUGAUGGGGAGCCCCUGGGUGAUACAAAUGGUUAACACACUGGGCUGCUAACCGAAAGGUUGGAUAUUUGAGUCAACCCAGAGGUGCCUCAGAAGAAUCAGCCAUUGACAGCCCAAUGGGGCACAGUUCUACUCUGAUAUCGUGGGGUCUCUGUAAGUUAGAGUCAACUCCACAGCAACUGGUUUGGUUUUUUUAGUUGCUGAUGGAGCCCUGCCUACAUCUAGGUACUCUGCACCUUUACAAGCAUGGGCCAGGGCUACAGAUGAGGAAACCGAGGUUCUGAGAGUGAAACAAGACUGCCCAGGGUCCCACAGCUAGUAAGUAAAUGAGUUGGGAUUUGAAACCAGCUCUGCCUAUCUCUAGAGCCAAAGUCUUAACCACUGCAUUGUAAUGAUCAGCGUGUUUUGUUAGCAUGGGGUGUGUGAAGGAGGUUAACAGGGGAUUCCAUCACUUAAUUGCUAAUUUGAAUUCUCUCUCCUUGGGGCCACUGAGCCUGGCAUUUGUUGGGAUGAAUUACAGUGUAUGUUCCAAGACCAACCUCUCUGCAGCAUUUGUGGGCAGAAUGGGAUAACCUUGCCCCACAGAGGCCUUUUCUGAGACUGUGGAAAGAAAACAGUUGCUGUUUAGAAAGGUCAUGAGCAUUGAGUCCGGAGAAGGCCGCUUUGCCUCUGCUAAUCCCACCUUACAUCUAGGACCUGGGGUCGGUGUUGCCUGCCUGCACUCCGAUGAAGCCUGCGUAGGGUCAACAAGCUAUUCUUAAUUUCUUAUAUUUACAAAUGGCCCUCUUAAUGACUUUCACCAUAGCCUGGGAAGUAAGCAAUAUCAGCCAUAUGGUACCGGAGCCAAGAAAGGUCAUUUCUCGCUCAAGGUCACACAGCAAGAUCAGGAUUCCAAGUCCAGUCUCCCAUCAGGUGAACUUUCCACUCAGUCUCCACUGCCCUCCGUCACCAAACCCGCUUCACAGGUAGCUGGUUGAUAAAACAGACUUGGGUUACGGGAACUCUUAAAACACUUUCUCUCUUUUAGUAAUAGUCACCCUGUUUCCCAUGUAUUCAUCCCCCUUUCUUGAGGCCAUUUGUCAAGAGGCAAAGGUAUAGAACUUCUCUUAACUUACUGGACACUCAGGUAGGUGCUCCUGGGUACAGGCACUAACGCUAGCUAUUUUACAUAACUUAAUUUCUCACGAUAACUUUGAGAGCAGAGUGGUAUCAGCCCCAUUUCACAGAUGAGCACACUGAAGCUCAGGGACAUUUAAAUCAUUUGUCUAAGCCCACACAGCUAGUUACCAGCUGCCUGACUCCAAGCUUCAGCUCCUUUGAGUCCCUGUUUGCUGAAAAAGGAGUGGGAGAAAAGCUAUCUCCUGGGGGAGAGGGGGGUGUUUCUGGAAUGUGAGGUAUUUUAAGCUCCUUUCUACCUCAUUUCUACAGACUCCUACCUCUAUCUUUGUCUGAAAAUAGCAAAGAGUUUAUUCCUGAAUUUCAGAGAACAAUUUCUACAAAUUAGGUUUGCCUCUGAAUAGUACACCUAAGGGAAUACACAUCCAAAUUAAGAAAGUAAACAACGAGGGGUGGCCGAGAAGGCACACUGAUAUAAAAAAGAAAGGUCAUCUCCCCAUUAGAUAAUUACAAGCUAAAGUGGGUACUUAACUCCUGUUCCUACUUUAGGGGACGGAGACAGGUUGAAUGAUUUAUGAUGUCUGAAUUUGUCUGAAGUACCCCAGGGUAAAGAUACUGCAGAAUAUCCACUUUAGAUGGGUGAAAGGGGAGUAUCUUUGCUGACCUGGAAGGAGAUAGUAGGGAAUGAGAGAGGCUCCUUUCCAAGGACGGGAAUAUCAGUUGGGAAAUGACUGAUGGCUGGGUACCCUGGGGUAGGGAUGUUCCAAAUGUCAGCUGAAGUUCCGGUCAGCCUGUUGGUAUGUGGGCAUUUCUACUUUCAGCCCAGUAGGCAGCUUUUGUUAAUGUCUGUUUAUUUAGAGCUUCUCCUGCCAAGGGGAUCUGUGUUAAUUUUACCAUUCUCUUGGCGAGGAAAUGUAAAUAUGUUCUUAAAAGUCUCUAAUCAGGUGUGUUAUUAAAUGAUUAGGCUCAGUGCCAGAGGUCCAGUAGGUGUCCAGUAAAUGUUGGAUUGCCUUUAACUUUGAGGGAGUCAGUAUGGUUAAGUGGUCAGCCCUACCAAGUAGAUCUCAGUUCCAAAUCUUGGCUCUGCAUUUUUGAGAUGCAUGACCUUGAGCAAGUUUUUAGCCUCUCCCAGCAUCAGUUUCCUCAUCAUGCAGGUAUAAAUAAUAGCACCUGCAAGAAAUAGUAAGUGUUCAGUAAAUGGUGGUUGUUAGCUGCCGUCAAGUAGGUCCCAACUCAUAGUGACUUCGUGCGGAACAGAACAAAACGCUGCCCAAUCCUGGGCCAUCCCCGUGAUCAGUUGAGGAUCAGAUCAUUGUGAUUCAUAGAGUUUUUAUUAGCUGAUUUUUGGAAGUAGAUCACCAGGGCCUUCUUCUUAGCCUGUCUUGGUCUUGAAGCUCUGCUGAAACUUGUUCAGCAUCAUAACAAUAUGCAAACCUCUACAGACAGAUGGGUGGUGACUACACAUGAGAUGUACUGGAUGGGAAUUGAACCCAGAUCUCCCACAUGGGAGGCAAGAAUUCCACCAUGGAACCACCCCUGCCCCCAUUAGUAAAUGGUUAGUGUUACAUAAACUAUGUUAACAAGUCACACCUAAAAUGCAGAUUAAAUAGUCAUAGUUGAAAGGAGGAACAGAAGCAAUUGGUAAGAGAAGAACUGCUUCCCAGAAGUACUUAAGGUAAUCUGGAGUGCACACGUUGAUGCAUAAAGAGGCAGUAAAUCAUCAGGGGGAGAGUAGCCAGGGUUUUGGAUGAUGGAGAUAGGUGGAGGAGGAAGAGAGGGCAAAGACUCAACCCUCUAACUGGUCCAGGCAUCCCAUAGUGCAGGGGUUGCGUGUCUGUAAUGCUGGUAUACACAUGGGCCCUCCAUUUGUCCUCACUGGGCACUGUGGUGCCUUCAUACUGAACUGGCGUUGGUACCAGGACUGACUCCAUUCAGUCACUAAAUACUCUAACGCCUAUUUUGUUAAGGCAGUGAUUCUCAACCUGAGUGUGUCUUAAGAAUCUAUUCCCUCACCUCUCUCUCUUACCUUGCCCCCAGACCCUGCUGCACUAGGUCUGGGCCAAGAAUCUACAUUGCUAAUAAGCUCUGCAGGGAUGCAGAAUCCUGAGACCAUACUCAGAAAAACACUGGUAUAAAGUGUUGGAGCCAGAUUCUGCAGAGAUACAAAAGUAUUCACAGAAGGAACUGUGUAAUGGUUAAGAACUCUGACUUGGGGUUACUUCCUAUGUGAUGUUGGGCAAAUCACCCAACCUCUCUGGGUCCUGGAAGUCUUCUUUUGUAAAAUGGAGAUAAUGGUAAUACCUAACUCACAGACUGUUGUGAACAUUAAAUGAGUUAUUACAUGUAAAGUGUUUAGAGCAGUGUCUGCCAUAUAGUAACAGCAAUAUGUUAGCGAUGAUAUAUGCCUUCCUUCCAGAGGUUUAUGAACAUGCAAACAUGAUCACAAAAUAUGGCAGUAUGUGUCUCAGACAAGGGCUACAAGCCUCAGAAGAGGAAGAGAAAACUGGAGUCAUUCAGAGAGUUCUUGUUGGAGGUACUGUGACUUCAACUGGGACUAGAAAUAUAGGUGAUGUUUGACUAAGUGAAGAGGAAGAAGGUGUUCUAGGCUAAGGGAAUAGUUUGGGGAAGAGGGAUUGGGGAGGCUGCAUCAAAUCUGGGGAAAGGGAAGGAAUCUGGUCUGAUUUGCUGGCUGGAGGGGCUCAAGCAAGGUGGAUUACGCUAGACUUCUAAGAGAAUCUCUUCAGUAGCAAACAUUCUCUGUGAUUCUUUGAAAUAAGGAAGCUGGGGUAAGAAACUAUUGUGGUUUUGGACACAAGAAGACUGAGGUGAUGGGGUCAUAAAAAGAAGCACCCAACAGGAAGUUGGAAAUGUGACACUGAUGCUUUGGAAAGGGGUUUGAAUGGAAGAUACAGGUUUGAGACUCCCCAGAAUAGAAAGGUGAUAAAGGAUCAGAAUGCCAGGUGACGGGAAAUGGAGGGAGAAGAGAAGUAGAAGAGAGGACUUCAAAGAGCCAUGGGAUUAGAUCUGGAAAGGAUUUCUGAGGGCCAGCCUCUUUUCCCCUUUUGCAUCAGCCCAGUCCCAAUUUUGCAGCCUUUGGGGAUCCCCUGUAGGUGUGCAGACCCUCUUAGAGGGCUGAGCAGGCUGUAGCAAACCCUACCACUCAAUUUCUGGUGUAACACAAACCCUGUAACAUGGUGAGCUCUACUCUGUACUUCCCGUCACUUGUUUUGAGCAAUUUUCAUGCUCCCAAAUUUGACUUGGCCAAUCACCCAUGAGAACAGCAAUGUAAACAGCAAGGCAUCCAACCAAAGUAAGGUAUUAUGAUUACUAAUAGGCACCAAGUUCAUCAUGAACUAUUUCCUACAGAAAAAAACACUUUUUUUAGAAUGUGGUGUCUUAGUAAUUUGGUGCUGCUAUAACAGAAAUACCACAAGUGGAUGGCUUUAACAAACAGAAAUUUAUUCUCCCACAUUUUAGGAGGCUAGAAGUCUAAUUCAGGUGCCAGCUCUAGGGGAAGGCUUUUUCUCUCUAUUGCUCUGGGAGAAGGUCCUUGUCAUCAAUCUUCCCUUGGUCUAGAAGCUUCUGGGUGGAGGAACCCUGGGUCCAAAGGACAUGCUCUGCUCCUGGCUCUUCUUCCUUGGUGGUAGGAGGUCCCUCUACCCUCUGCUCCAUUCUCUAUUUUAUACCUCAAAAGAGAUUGACUCAAGAUACAACCUAAUUCUGUAGAUUGAGUUCUGCCUCAUUAACAUAACUGCCUCUAAUUCUUCCUCAUUAACAUCGUAGAGGUUAGGAUUUACAACGUAUCGUAUAAUCACAUCAGAUCACAAAAUGGUGGAUAACACAAUACUGGGAAUCUUGGCCUAGUCAAGUUGACAUACAUUUCUGGUAGGCACGAUUCAAUCCAUAAUAUGUGUGAUAGCUAAAUAGUAUUGACAGCUGGGCUCAAAAGGCAUCUUGGGUUGUACCGAAAAGCUAGUGUUUGUCUUUAACCCAACUCUUUUCCCUUAUAUUGGAGAUAGCUGCUUCAGACCUUCUUUGGCAUGUUCUUCCUUCUAUCCUGAAUCUCACAGCACCCUCUAGAAUUCCAUCUUAGACAUUCGUGUUUCUGUAUGUUCUGCUUGAAAUGGCCCUUCCACUGUAAUGGUUUCACCUUUCACCUUCUUCUACAAUUCUUUCUCUAAAUAAAUUUUUUAAAUGAAUUAUUUUAAACAUAUAGAGGACAGGAAAUAAUAUAAUAAACACUAAAGAGCCAUUGCCCAGAUUUUUCUCCCUACCUUUCUGCUGCCCUCUCUUUCUCCUUUUCUGCUAUAUUCCCAUCUGCACCCCACCCCAUGGACUGCCCUCAAUUUCCUAAAGAUGGUGAGGUAGGUGCAGCGGGGCCCCGACCUGACUACAUAGCUACCCCAAAGGUGCAACACACCCACGCACCCCUCCUCCCCGCCCACACACAUUGGAGUGAGAAUUAGCUGGCUGAUUGCAGACAUUCAGAAGGGUAGGCAAGGAAUUAUGACCCUCCAAGUAAUUUGAGUAUCCCUAUCA